CCAUAUUCGCUGAGACUGGAUGGGUGGCAGGUUGAGCUUGACGAGUGUUCUGGUCAACGGAUCGCGCUGGGUGAUUAUGGCGACUAUUUCAAUGGCACUUUUGUGCGUGUUGGAAAUAUUUUUGAGGAUGCUCGCAUCCUUAACAUCGGCACCAUGGGCUCAGCUUAUUGCCCUGUGGUCUACCGCAUAUCCAGCUCUUCACGAUGGUAUCAUACGGAGAAUCAGGAUGAUCUUGCUGUGGCAUAUCACCUCAGGGACGACCACCUGGCCUUACAUCAACCAAAGGGCUUCUCUCUGGCCGCUAACGAUCAUUUUGCGCUACUGUUGAAAACCCUGGCCACUCGUC